AUGCAGGAAGGUCUCAUCCAGAAUGGUAUGCUGGGUGAGUCCAGGGAGGUCUCAGAUGUAGAGGCGGACAGAGUAAGGACACAGCAAAGGGACGAUAGUCCCACUCGGAAUGGCAUGCCGGGUGGGACUGGAGAGUUGGCAUCUUUAGAAGAAACACAACAGAUUGCAACACAUGAAGGUGAGAUCGCCGCUCAAGAAGACUUGCUCGAUGAAGCAGGUGAAUUCACAAGGGUCCAUUCAGAAGCACACAUAACACCUAGCAAUAGAGACAGGCUUAUCCGGAAUGGUAUGCCGGAUGAGACUUUGGAGACCACCACUGAUGAAGAAGAAAGAAAAUUAAUUUUUGUAGCGUUCCCACUCAUCCCUCAAGAUGAGAUGAAGAACACCUAUGGAGAGGUAACAGUUAGAGACCUCAAAUCUUGGGCGAACCUGAAUACCAGAUUGGCAAAAGCAAGAUGCAGAAGGAACUUCCUACUCAGAUACCGAUCAACUGGCGUCAUUCCAAGACACAUCAAGCAGAACAUUAAAUGUAUUAACAAUUUGAUAGGCGACAACGCAGGGGACAACAGAAGAGCUCUCGCACUGAGCAAUAAGGUAUCUUCUACUCUGCUCAAUCUUGAAAUAUCGGUCACUAUCAAAAAGAUCAACUCGCUGCAUGCAGGCAUCAAGCAUAUCCGUGAAAGAUUGAUCCUUGUUCUUCCUAUACGUAUUAUAUCCAUUUUUGAACAGACUCAGUCUAGGUCCUCGGAUAGGGUCACUGUCUCUUCCACCAACGUUCUCAAACGCAAGUUUGAUUCCUUGAUUGAUAAAUCCAUCUCGAAUUUGAAAGUUAAAGAUUCGUGGUUUGCCAAUUUAACAGAUCAUGUUUUCCCACGGGACAUUAAACAUUUACUUAGUCUUGGUCCCAAGUUUGCCCAUUCUGUCCCCUCUAAUAUGUUGUCAAUUAAAUCUUUAUUGGCUGACUCCGAGUAUCUUGUGAGGUUGGCUCCACAGGAAUCGCAGGACUUACUCCGGGCCAAAUCAAUCAAUGCCAUCACCAAUUUCGUCCACCAAGCUUGGAAGAAGAAUAACCCACAAUACGGACUCUUUUGCAAGACGAAAAGGUUCCUGAAGGACAAUGAUGACAUCGUCAUAACGAUGGCAGAUAAGGGCAAUGUCACGGUGGCCAUCACAAAGCAACAAUAUGAAGAGAAGCUCUUGAAUAUCGUCGAGGACACCAACGUUUACAAGAAAUUAAACUCAGACCCCACAUCGAAGUAUCAGACAAAGAACAACAGCCUUGUCAAGGAUCUCAAAGACCAAGCAUACAUAAGUGCCACCACGGCGAGACAAUUGAAUAACUACAAGGGCAUUUCUCCCACUAUCUACGGUCUACCAAAGAUCCAUAAAGAGGGAACUCCUCUCAGACCUAUCGUCUCAACCAUUAAAUCCCCAACAAGUGAACUUAGCAAGUUUGUUGCCGACAUCCUCAAGUCAGCUUUCAAGGAUGACUUCCACACUUGGGCAGUCAAGGAUUCUUUCGAUUUUGCAGAAAGGGUUAAUAACUUGCAGAUUCCUCCAGACCAUGAGAUCCUUUCGUUGGAUGUGAUCAGUCUUUUUACCAAUAUUUCCUGGGAGUUAACGGAGAAGAUAAUAGUGGACAAUUGGAGCAGGAUUGAGGCUGUCACGAAUAUUCCUAGGCCUAAAUUUGUUAACCUAUUGAAGUUCCUGUUCGAUUCCAACUAUUUCAAAUACAAAGGUGAAUUUUACUUUCAAAUCUUUGGGUGCCCGAUGGGCAGCAUCCUCAGCCCAACUUUGGCAGCUCUGGUGAUGACGGUGUUGAUCGGAUACUGCCUUGGCAAACUAUCUUUCAUUCCAGCAUUCUUGUUCCAGUAUGUUGAUGACAUUAUAUUGGCCAUUCCUUUAAAUAUGAAAGAAGAACUCCUAAGGAUCUUCAACUCCUUUAACCCACAUAUACAGUUUACCAUAGAAGAAGAGAAAGACAGAUUUGUCCCUUUCCUAGAUACCAAAGUGAUACGUUCUGAGGACAACACAGUCAAGCUGGAUUGGUACAGAAAGCCGACCAGCUCAGGAAGAUAUGUCCACUUCAAUUCAAGCCAUGAUUGGCAAAUGAAGAUCAACGUUGUUAACAACCUAAAGAACAGAAUAAUAGGCCUUACUCACAUGGAUUUCAAACAGAGUGCUCUGAACAAAUUAUAUGACAUCCUAAAAGAUAAUGGAUAUCCCCACGGCCUGCUUAAGAAGUUGAUAUUCUCGACAUCCAAUCGACGGAUCUCACCUGAUCCUCCUGAACAUCCUCCUACUACACUGCCUGAACAAAGACAGGACGCUCCCCACGAGAACUCACGUGUCAGCCAAAUAAAGUUUGCAUCUCUGCCUUCAUUGCCUGGUUUGACCAGUAAACUGGUUCACAUUUUUUCCUCUAUUAGCAACGUGAAAAUUGCCAGAUAUAACGUUUUCCCCAAUAAGUUUCUCUUCACCAAUUUCAAAGACAGAGUGGACGUUCUUUCCAGCUCUGAUUGUGUCUACUCAGUGAGAUGUUUAGACUGUGAUGGGGUCUAUAUCGGACAAACCUCCCAAUCCCUAAAAAGAAGAUUCGCGGUUCACAAAAGCGACGUCAGACUACACCCUGACAGAUGUGCCCUUGCUUUGCAUGCUGCGAGAGCUGGUCACGUUUUCGAUUUCGAUAAUCCGAAGAUAUUGUAUUCUUGCUCAAAUAACACCAAGCGGGUUUUUUUGGAAAUGUGCUAUAUUAAUGAGCAAUCAAAUCCUGUCAAUAAGCGUACCGACAUUAAGGGUCUUAGCAACAUUUAUAAUUAUUUGCUCGCUUUGGACUCCAAAAGCGACAUCUCUCCUCAACUCUCACAAACUUUAUAA